AAUGCCAUUAUUGGUAUGGCUUCGAGCGCAAAGAGGAAGCCCUUCGCGGACUAUAUCAAGUUCGACGCCGUGCCGGACAACCUGUCACUUCUGGGCGGGAAAGAAUCUUCCGCUUGCCGUUUCCUCUUACUCGAUCAUAGAGAAAACUCGAGCCAAAUGUUUCCGCUCCUGUUUCUGGCCUACGUGGUGGCCAUCAAGGUUUUCAAGAAGACCACCCCCAAUGGCAAGGUCACGGUGUACCUUGGCAAGAGAGACUUCAUCGACCAUCUAGACAGCGUCGACCCCAUCGACGGCAUCGUCGUCGUGGAAAAUGAAUACCUCCAAGGGAGAAAGGUCUUCGGUCAGGUGACGACUACCUACCGAUAUGGACGAGAAGAGGACGAGGUAAUGGGAGUGAAAUUUAGCAAAGAAAUGAUCAUCUGCCGAGACCAAAUCUUCCCGUGCAAGAAGGAGAAACAGGAGACCACUCCGAUCCAAGAUCGCCUCCUAAAGAGGCUCGGGCCGAAUGCUUACCCGUUCCUCUUCCAGUUUCCCCAAAACUCCCCCAGCUCGGUGACGUUGCAACCCGGAGACGACGACCAGGGUAAGCCCCUCGGCGUCGAAUAUACCGUCAGGAUCUACGUCGGCGAGAACGAGGAAGACAAGGGCCACAAAAGAUCGUCCGUAGCUUUGGCCAUCAAGAAACUACAGUACGCUCCUCCGGUGCGAGGCCGGAGGCUGCCCAGCUCGCUGGUGUCGAAGGGAUUCACCUUCUCUCAGGGCAAACUCAACCUGGAAGUCACUCUCGACCGGGAAAUCUACUACCACGGCGAGAAGGUCUCCGCCAACGUCAUCGUUACCAACAACUCUCGCAAAGCGGUCAAGAAUAUCAAGCUCUUUGUCGUUCAACACUGCGAAGUGACGAUGGUGAACUCUCAGUUCUCACGACACGUCGCUAGCUUGGAAACGAGGGAAGGCUGUCCGAUCACGCCUGGAACUUCCUUUACGAAGCAAUUCUACCUUGUGCCGUUGGCCAGCAGCAAUAAGGACCGCAGGGGAAUCGCCUUGGAUGGUCACCUGAAGGACGACGAUGUCAAUUUGGCCUCUUCCACCAUGGUCGCCGAGGGCAAGUGCCCAGCCGAAGCCAUGGGCAUUGUCAUUUCGUACUCUGUUCGUGUCAAGCUUAACUGCGGCACUCUGGGAGGAGAACUGAUAACGGACGUUCCGUUCAAACUGAUGCAUCCCACUCCCGGAACCGUUGAAAAGGAAAAGUCUGCCAUGAAGAAGAGUAAGAGCAUCGACAGGGCCAGAUAUGAAAAUUCUUGCUACGCUAAUGACGACGACGAUAACAUCGUCUUCGAAGACUUUGCUCGUCUUCGUUUGAACGAGCCAGAAUAAGCAUUUCUUGUAAAUUCCUGCCCCUUCCGAUAGGACCUUUCGAUAUCAACAUUUCUGAAAAAUCUAGGAGGAAAGUUAUACAUUGUUCCGUUGAAUCAAAAUACAAUUGCGAAUCGUUGCAAAGUGUUUAUUAUCGAGCGUUCGGAGAUCUCUGUGUAGGACGAACACGAGACGACGAAAGGACCUAUUUUGAAGGUGCAAGUAACGACAUGGAUGCGCAGGAAAUCGAAGCAUAAGGCAUUGCUAAAGAAAUAUACGUGCUAAAUUCGAUCACCUCAAGUUAAAAUCAUCUCUGAACCGUGGCACGGGUUUCUUACGAAACCCCAAUAAAAGUAAAGUUCAAGAAACGCAAAAAAAAAGAGAAAAACUAGCAAAAUCGUGUUUUCCAUUCGUCCCGAAAUUUCCGGCCGAUGGUGGUGGUCGGACGGAAAUUUCUCAGGCGAGCAAAAAAAUGUUUUCAAGUAAGUUUAAUUAAUUAAUCUUGUUAAACGCUUUCCCGUCUUGCCAGAAGUGACGACAGAUUUAUUCUGUUAGUUUUAGUUUGUUUCUAAUGAUUCUAUGUGUCAUUGUUACACGUCUUAUUACAUUGAUUUAUUACUAAGGGAUUGUUCAUUCCUUGUGUCGUUGAGUUAUCAUUGUACGGUAGUGAGAAAAAUAUAUUAAAUGAUAUAAAAUUGA